GUCCUUUGUCCUUUGGGGGGACAAAUUUCCCAAUAAACCCCUGCCAUUCCAUCUGCAGCUUCAUUAAUCACCCCCAAUUCAUUAAACCCUGACUGACCACUGCAACUCGUCUGCCAAUCCUCUAACCCAUCUGCCGCCUUCAUCAAUUAACUCCCCAUCUACCAUAAUACUGUCAAUCUACCACCUUCAAUUAAACCCUUACUUACAUCAGAAGACGACUUACCUGACCACUGCAACUUGUGGAUGUAAAUUUUGAAUUCACGGCCUCCUCUGCUGAUUUGGAAUUCUUCUUAACACUUAGGUGAAGAAGCAGCAGAUUCAAGCAGUAGUAAGGUAGGAUCGAUAUCCAAUAAUGCUGAUGCUUUAGCUGACCUGCUUGAAGCAGAGUAGACGAUUACAUCACAAAAACAACAAAAACUCAAGAACAAACCCAGAUUAGUUUGAGCUAGUAAUGUCAAAUAGUAGUAAAGUAUAAGGGGUAAGCUGUAAUAUCUGUUUAAUCACUCAAGCUUUGAGAUUUUUUUGCUUGUGUUUCCGUCUAUUUUCCUAAUCUGCUGCUGCUCAGCAGCUAUUGAGGUAACAAUUCCGCCCCUCUAUUAUAUCUGUUAAUUGCAUAUCCAUCAUCUUGUCCCCCAAAAUGUGAAUUUUGAUAGACGCUUUGUAUUAUUAUUCUUUUCAGUUUUGUAAGCAAUUAAUAAAUAUAGUUGGAAGCCCUAGCUUGUGAAAAAUUGAAAUUGAAGAGAUGGACCUGAUUUCGCAGCUUCCUGAAUCUAUUGUUCCUCGCAUACUCUAUUAUUGCCCUCCUGCAGAGCUUGUUCGAAUGAGUGUAGCGUCUAAGACAUGGUUUCGUCUAACUGCCUCUUUCCCCCAUUUAGAUUUCACCAUCCGUAAUUUUAGAUCUCGGGAAAGUUUUUUCAAGUACGUUGAGUAUACCACCUCUAGAUUUUGCAACCAAAAUCUCACUGCACACAGAUUAAGGCUCAUUACAACUCUCAGGGAGCCUGCAGAAUUGUAUACUGUUGAUAGAUGCCUUGAAUUACUUCUUCAGAAUGGCGUGUAUGAUUUGGUGAUUAAUGUUGUUAACUUAUCAGAAUCCCCUUCUGCUUCUGCUAGGUAUCGUUUGCCUAAUAUACUCUUAUCUGUUUCUGCGUUAUCAGCUUUGACCAUAAAUGGUUGUGACUUGCCUUCUUCCUUCAUGCUUCAUGCUGUCAUGUUUAAGUGUUUGGGUCUCUUGUGUCUUAUAAACGUCUCCAUAGAUGAUGAAGUGAUCUCGUAUCUUACCACUAGUUGCCCUUUUCUACGAGUAUUUCAGGUUGAGGCUUGUCAUGGUCUCAAAAGAUUUUGUGUUUAUGGGCAUCAACAUCUUCGAAGUGUUUCGAUUCAGUAUAACACUCCAUUUGAGAGAAUAGAUAUUGAAGCUCCAAAUCUACAUCAUCUUUUAAUAAAAGAUGACUAUGGAAGAGGGCCACCACAAAUGAACUUGGCUUCAUGCGAAAAACUAAAAAACGUGUCUUACUAUGAGAAUUCCUUAUCAAACGUUUAUAUUUUUACAGACAUCUUAUCCAACUUCCCAUUUGUUGAAAAUUUGAAUUUGUCUACUUCAUAUAAAUGCAACAAACUAAAGUUGUCAAGUCAUUCCUUGAGGACAUUGGUGUUAUAUUCACAGUGUGACUUGGAAAAAGUUGAGUUCAAUACCCCCAAUUUGGUUUCAUUUUGUUACAGUGUCAUGUUUAUAGACACGCUUUGGUUCCAGAAGUUAAGGCAGCUUUUCAACAAGAAAAAUGUAUUCAAUGUUUCGAAGUUGUAUAUCCGUGCCAUAUAUAGUAAGGAAUUUAGAGAGUUAGAGAAGCUAAAGGCUAUUAAGCUGCCACCUUAUGAACUCGAGCUUGUUGAGCUAAAACUAGAAACCCAAGAAGAAUCAUUGGCUCAUAUAGCUUUUGUGGAUGCUGUACUUUGGUGUUGCCGUCCUCGAUCUCUAACUUUAAGAUCGUGCUAUCCUUAUACUGCUCUUGGAGAACACAGUGAUGUUGUUAAGUUUACAUACAAGAAGCUACUUGAACAAGAAGAUCAAGGUCGUACUAAUAUUAAGAUCGUGUCGCCUUCUUUUUCUUCAUUGUUGAUGUAUCUACCUUAUGAAACAAAAGCAAUUAGCUUCAUAAAGGAAGAAGUCCUCCAAGAAGAAACUGACAGUCGAAGGUAUGCUGGUUUGGAGAUUGUCUGAUGCGUUGGAUUUUGGAAUCUAUCGGGACGAGGGAAUGGAAGUUAUCAGUAAAAAUACGAGUUUGGCAAAUAAAUGCUGCUAACCUUUCAUAAUAUUCUGCGUUAUGAUAUUUACAUAUGUAGGGAUGGUUUUGAAUCAUGACCAUGAUGUGUUGACUAUAUGUAUUGGGAGUUUUGCUUCAUUACUGAUUGUUUAGAUAAUAUAUCUUUGGCCGUAUUUGAUGCUAACUUUGAGAUCAUCCUUUCCUUU